AUGUCAACAACAGUGCCAUCACUUUCAUCACAUCCAAUGGACAAUAAAUGUUGCGAUAUAUUGAAGAUAUCGUAUGAUUUCAAUGAAACUCAAUUAAGAGACGGCUAUUUAGAGAGCUGUCGAAGAGCUCAUCCAGACGUCACUCAUCAGCACAAGAAUGAAGUGAACGGCGAAGAGUUUACGGCCAUAAAGAGUGCAUACAAUCGACUUAAACAAUAUCUUAAAGACAAUGAAAUGAAGAGUCAUUCAAAUGCGGAACAGAUGGAGGAAGAGAAGGACGAAGGAAGACAUAAGCAUAGAGUGGCUCAACACAGACAGUACCUGACAAUGGAUGGGAUCGGUUGUGGCACACAUUCAGAGCGCCAGAAGUACUUCCAAAGCCAUCGACUCAUUGAAGCGACGGAUCGCGUGAACGAGUUUCAGAUCAAUCAAAUCAAAUCAAACACUCAUUUGUCUGAAAAUGAGUUGAUUUCUGUUAAGAACUCUAAAUAUCAGCGCAAGACUAAAGUGAAACAAGGAUUUGAUCGCUUGGUUGAAGACUUGAUACAAGAAUCGAUGGCAAAGGGAGACUUUGAUAACCUCUCCGGUUAUGGAAAGCCUCUGAAGAGUCGACCAGAAUAUCCUUAUUUAGAUGCGACUACUUUUAAAUUGAAUGAAAUUUUAAUAAACAAUGGUUUUGUUCCCGAAUGGGUUCUUCUCCAGAAAGAGAUUAGAGAUCUUAAGAAUGAUAUCAAAGCACAACUCAUGGCAUUGAAGAGUAAAUCCAAAUUAGAUAAUGUUAUUGAGAAACAGAAGUUAGAAGAAAAGUUUAAAGAAGUUAACAAAAUGAUUGAAAAGUACAACAGAAUUGUUCCCAUUCUUCAUACACAGCAAAUCCAUAUGAAUAUUGAGAAAGAGAUUCAAAAAGCUGAAGAUAGAGUCAAUAAGGAAGUGAUGUUUUGUUAA